ACCAGAAUCAUACCAGUACGAGUCAUUAAAAACAAAAGUGAAUUAGAAAAUAUUAUUGUAGUCUGAAGGAGAGAAAAAUAAAUUAAAGAAAAUCGCUUUGAAAGUUAAAAACAAAUAGAAAUGUCGCGUCAAACAUCUCGCCUGGACGCUAAAAAAGUGAAUUCGGAACUAUUGACGCUUACAUAUGGUGCUUUAGUUUCCCAAAUGCUAAAGGAAACGGAAAACCCAGAGGACGUAAACAAACAGUUGGAGCGAAUUGGUUACAAUAUGGGCGUGCGACUUAUCGAAGACUUUCUCGCUCGAACAACGUCGACUCGCUGCCUGGAAAUGAGGGAGACAGCUGAUAAAAUUCAACAGGCCUUUAGGUUAUACUUGAAUAUGCAGCCCACAGUUACCAGCUGGAGCAGUGCAGGUGAUGAAUUCUCCCUCGUUUGGGACCAGUGCUCGCUUAGUGAAUGGGUUGAAAUGCCAAAUAAUGGACUUAAAUAUUGUGCUCUGAUACCAGGAGCUAUAAGAGGUGCCUUGCAAAUGGUGCAGCUUGAUGUGCAGUGUUGGUUUGUUCAGGAUCAGUUGAAAGGUGAUGCAGUUACUGAGCUUAGAGUGAAAUAUAUAAAAAGGUUGGAAGAUGCCGUACCCGCUGGAGAGGAUUAAUGUGCUAUUGAAUUUGUAUGGCUGAUUUAUACCUGUCUCACUCUAUGUAAACAACUAGUGGUUAUUUAUGUGAACAUGAAAAAGACAGCAAUGUAUUGAAUGCUACUCUUUAUAAACUGUCUACUCGAAAAAGAACACCUGUUCAUUCUUUUUUUAAAUUUUGAAAAUAGAAAUGCAGUCUGGCAAUUAGGCCACCUGAUGAUAAAUGAUCAUCACGUCCCAUUUAUAUUGGUUCUGAUAGAAAUAUUAACAGAGCCCUUAUAUUAUCAAUGAAUAAUCUUGGGAACUAAGAUGUUAUGUCUGUCGUGCCUGUAAUUACACUGGCUCACUCACUAACCGGAACAACUAUUGUAAACAUUGGUUUGUUUGCAAUAGAAUAUAAUAGUGGAUUGUAACUAUUACCUACCGAUGUGGGCUUUGACAAAGCCUUAUCUAUUAUUAUUAAUAUUAAGUAGUCAUAGUGAGUAAUAUCGCUUUUUGACAGCUCAUAUAAAUUAAUUAUGUCAAAUAUUUGUCUUACGUCUCGUUGCUAACUAAUUUUAGAAAAUCCUGAGAGUAACUUGUGGUUGGUUGAGAAGUCUUAGAUCUUAGCUAUGAUGUGUUAUUAUUUAAUUGUUUUUGUUAUUCUAAGCAAUCAACAGAGCUACAAUUCGAAAUAACUAUACAAAUGUAUGUCACCACAAAAUGUAAAAUUUUCAUUUCAAUUAUGUUAAGCUUUCAUAAAAUGUUAUGCAUUAAAA